CAGUACGACCUCGAGCUCACAGUUCGUCAUGAUGCAGAUCCGUAGUGCUUUUGUGCUUCAACUCGCUCUCGCUGCAGCCCUCACUUGGGCUCAGAUGACGACGGAAAAUCCUAUAAGCAAUAAUGACUGCGAAAGUCAAUACCCUGGAGUUAACAUUUCAGUUGUUGAAGAAAAUAUAGAAAAUCCGUCAAACGACGUGAAGUGUUUCAUGAAAUGUGAACUUGAAGAUCAACGUAUAAUGGACGAAAAUGGCCACCUAAACGAUACAGUCGUUAUUGGGAUGUUCGAAAACGAAAACUAUGAGCCAGAAUUUUGGAACGAAUUAAAAAAAUGUAUCGCCAUCGAUGAUCCUGAUCUAUGUAAUAAAGCCUACGUAUUUUACAACUGUGUUUUAGAAGCUAUUCGUAAGUUUGAACCAUCGGGCACUACUAUGGCGUCAUUAGUAAAUGAUAUUUAAGUAAGUUAACCAUUUGUGCUAGAAAGUACAAACUUUUUAGAAUAUGUUCUUUAAAAUAAAUAAAAAAUUUAAC